ACCCUUUCUCAGACGGUUGCAUUUCAGCAUUUGUUUCAGAGAAACAAUCCUUACUUCUCCAAUCCCAGAAAAACGAGCCCUUUCUCAUUUUCUGUUCUUCUCCAACGUGAAUUUGCAGAAAAUUUCAGUUCACUUCGACGUCUCUCUUUCCUUUUCUCAUUUUCUGUUCUUCUCCAACGUGAAUUUGCAGAAAAUUUCAGUUCACUUCCACGUCUCUCGCGAUGGCUAAAGAAUCGGAGAAGAAAGUGAAUCCGCGAGAUUAUCCUCCCGGAGAUCCGCCAAAAGAACAGUCGACGAGAGUGACGCUCCUCAAAGUUCGGACUCCUGAAGAUCCGCCAAGUAUAAAUCGUCCCGAAGAAGAUCCGCCAAAAGAACCUAAGAUAGUGACUCUGCGCAAAGAUCGCUCAGAUGCUCCCGAACAUCCGCGAAGUCUCUUUACCUCGAGGCUAUUGUCAGAGGAUGAAGAUCCGUUUAAAAACAUCAGCUCACGAAUGCCAUUCUCGACUGAGAGAAGAGUUUUCCAUUCUAGAUGCGAUCUCUGUGGCUCAAUCACCCACCACACUGAUAAAUGUCCUGAGGAGAGGUAUAUCAAAGGGCUCCAGAAGAAUGAGCAACAGAUUUCCUAUUUGAAAGGGCUCAAGCGACAAAAUCAACCAAUCAAAGAAUCUCCUGCUCCUCUUCACCCCCAAAAACCUACAAAAUAUGCUGUAGACGACCCUAAUGAGAAUUUUGUUGCUGAGGGCAACACUCAACGAUGCUGUCUCACUCAGGUUCACAAGUCUUAUGAGACUGUGAGAAAAUCAAAAGAAGAAGAUGAAAAGGAAGAACAGGCUCCAAAAGAAAAAGCUGAACAACUUGAAGAAGAACUUGAAGAAGAACAGGAAAAUGGGAUACAUAGCUAAACAGUAAAAAUCAAGGGAUUUUACACCCAAUACAUGUGAAAGGUUAGUGACUUCCACGGCAUCUGUUGCAUAAAUGUUGUUAGGUGAUGACUCAUACACAAGAAAUUGAUGUAUGAUAUAAUAGAAUGUUUGGUUGAGUCAAUGAGUGACAAAGAGUAUUUCAUGCUUUUAAAAUUGAUGUAUGAUAUAAUAGAAUGUUUGGUUGAGUCAAUGAGUGACAGAGAGUAUUUCAUGAAACAAGAGCUUGAUGAAGCAUACUGAUCUUUACUUAAAUAUCUCAUAUACAUUUUCUUGCCCUUAAGUUUUCAAAGUUUUCUUUGGUGG